CCAUCCAUAAUCUUUGUGUGGCCGAAAAGUUGUUUGAGAAAAUCACAGCCUGUUGAAGACCUGGAACUGACGAAACGACGGUUUGGUCGCGCGUUUUGGGUGGUUAUGAAUAUUUCGUGGGCUAUCAGCGGAACAGAGUGUGAGCUCCAGAAACCGAACAUGACUGAAAAUGGACUUGGGAACCGGGUGCUUAACAUGGACACCAUGAACCCGAAUGUAAAGCGGGUUGAGUAUGCUGUCCGUGGUCCAAUCGUGCAACGCGCAGUGCAGAUUGAAAAGGAUCUCAAAGAGGGGGUUGAGAAGCCUUUUACAGAGGUCAUCAAGGCCAACAUUGGUGAUGCGCAUGCCAUGGGCCAGAAACCAAUCACAUUUCUCCGACAGGUUGUAGCGCUCUGCGCCUACCCAGAUCUCCUAGAAGACGACAAGUUUCCAGAGGAUGCUAAAAAUAGAGCACGGCGCAUCCUUCAGGCCUGUGGAGGGGGAAGUAUAGGUGCAUACAGUGCUAGUCCAGGCAUUGAGAUCGUACGACAGGAUGUGGCUAAAUACAUUGAGAAGCGGGACGGUGGCAUCCCCAGUAACCCUGACAGCAUCUACCUCUCCACCGGGGCCAGUGAUGCCAUAGUGACCAUGCUAAAGUUGUUGACGUCAGGCGAGGGGAAGAACCGUACAGGGGUGAUGAUCUCCAUCCCUCAGUACCCCCUCUACUCUGCUGCUCUGGCUGAGCUGGCGGCUGUCCAGAUCAGCUACUACCUGGACGAGGACAAGUGCUGGAGCCUGGACGUCGGUGAGCUAAGGAGGGCUGUGAAGGCAGCCAGGGAGCACUGUAAACCCCGCGCCCUCUGCAUUAUCAACCCUGGCAACCCCACAGGUCAGGUCCAGAGCAGGCAGUGCAUUGAAGAUGUGAUCCGAUUUGCUGCUGAGGAGCACCUUUUCCUGAUGGCUGAUGAGGUGUACCAGGAUAAUGUGUACGCGGAGGGUUGCCAGUUCCACUCCUUUAAAAAGGUUCUGUUUGAGAUGGGACCAGAGUACUCCAGUGUUGUGGAGCUGGCCUCCUUCCACUCCACCUCCAAAUGCUUCAUGGGAGAGUGUGGUUUCAGAGGAGGGUACAUGGAGGUGGUUAACAUGGACCCUGAGGUGAAGUUGCAGCUGACUAAGCUGGUGUCUGUGCGGCUGUGCCCCCCCAUCCUUGGGCAGGCCCUACUGGACCUGGUGGUCAAUCCCCCUCAGCCUGACGAGCCUUCCUAUUCCACCUUCAUCAAGGAGCGUACUGCCAACCUGGAUAUCCUGGCUGGGAAGGCCAAGAUGACAGAGCAGAUCCUCAACACAGUCCCAGGGAUCCACUGUAACCCUGUCCAGGGAGCCAUGUACACCUUCCCCCGCCUCUCACUGCCAGAGAAAGCCAUCAACGCGGCAAAGGAGAAAGGCCAGGCUCCAGACAUGUUCUACUGUAUGAAGCUGCUGGAGGAGACUGGUAUCUGCCUGGUUCCAGGUAGCGGCUUCGGGCAGAGAGAUGGAACCUACCAUUUCAGGAUGACCAUCUUACCUGCAACUGAAAAGCUGAAGGUUGUAUUGGAAAAGAUCAGGGAGUUUCAUAAGCGGUUCACAGAGGAGUUCUCAUAACCCCACUCACCUUCACCUCCCCUCCUCUUCCCAGUCUGGUCUGUAACAAAACCCCACCCCUCUUCCUAGUACGGUCCGGUCUAUAACAAAACCCUACCCCUCUUCCUAGUCCGGUCCGAUCUGUAACAAAACCCCACCCCUCUUCCUAGUCCGGUCUGUAACAAAACCCCACCCCUCUUCCUAGUACGGUCCGGUCUAUAACAAAACCCUACCCCUCUUCCUGGUCCGGUCUGUAACAAAACCCCCCCCUCUUCCCAGUCCGGUCCAGUCUGUAACAAAACCCCACCCCUCUUCCCGGUCUGUAACAAAACCCCACCCCUCUUUCCAGUCCGGUCUGUAACAAAACCCCACCCCUCUUCCCGGUCCGGUCUGUAACAAAACCCCACCCCUCUUCCCGGUCCGGUCCAGUCUGUAACAAAACCCCACCCCUCUUCCCGGUCCGGUCCAGUCUGUAACAAAACCCCACCCCUCUUCCCGGUCCAGUCCAGUCUGUAACAAAACCCCACCCCUCUUCCCGGUCCGGUCCAGUCUGUAACAAAACCCCACCCCUCUUCCCAGUCCAGUCUGUAACAAAACCCCACCCCUCUUCCCAGUCCGGUCUGUAACAAAACCCCAUCCCUCUUCCCAGUCCGGUCUGUAACAAGACCCCACCCUUCCUCCUCAGAAACUGGAUGGAGAGAUGGUGAAAAUAUCUAACUGAAAGAGUGCCAGUGCGUUACCAACACACCCUCGAGACUCUCCCCUCUAGUGUCCUAGACUUGACAUUAAAAGAGGAGCAAUGUGUUAAGAAACUGCACUUUUUAGCAUGGUACCUGGCAUGCUGUUCUGUUUCAGCUAAUUGUUUAAAUUGUGUGUCAGACAGCAUCUGCACAGUGUACAUAUGUGAUAAUGUUUUAGUCAUUUUCAGUUCAUGACUAUAACUGAUUGUCAGUUGAGGGUUUUACUUAGGCUGUAAAAUAAUUGGCAGAACAUCUAGUUUUACAGGUUAUACAGCUACAUUAUGAUCAGUCGUACUAAUAUCAGUAAAUAGUUGGCAGAGGUGUGCUUUUAUUGCAUUCCAGAGGGAGUGCAAUGGCUGUUGUGUUGAAAAGGAUACUGUGAACUACUGUGUGUACGAUGAACACUCUGAAUGUAGCUACAGUAUUUAAUAACCAUGUUGAUUUUAUCUUGAAUUGUAAAAAUAUAAAUUAAAGUGUAAUUUCUAUGUC